CGAGCCAUGGCUGCAAUGCAUUUCGGGUAAACCAAGUGAAGCCAUUUCAAAUUGGAUAGACCUUCGGUUGGCAUAGUGGCAGAAAUAUUCACUAGAAGAACAGUAUUUUGUACAAAUUAAAAAAUGGCUCGUACCAAGCAAACUGCUCGCAAGUCCACUGGUGGAAAAGCUCCACGUAAACAGUUGGCCACAAAGGCAGCUAGGAAAAGUGCACCUUCAACUGGUGGAGUGAAGAAACCACAUCGUUACAGGCCUGGAACUGUUGCUUUGAGAGAAAUUCGUCGAUACCAAAAGUCAACUGAACUGUUGAUUCGUAAACUCCCAUUCCAAAGAUUGGUUCGUGAAAUUGCUCAGGAUUUCAAGACUGAUCUUCGAUUUCAGAGUGCUGCAAUUGGUGCUCUCCAGGAAGCAAGUGAAGCCUACCUGGUUGGUUUGUUUGAAGACACCAAUCUGUGUGCUAUCCAUGCCAAACGUGUAACAAUUAUGCCCAAGGAUAUACAGCUGGCUCGACGUAUUCGUGGUGAACGUGCAUAAAUUCUCAUUCCGCAUUUAUUGCACACGUUUCUUAUUUAUAUUUAGUUGUAUUAAUUUGAGUUUUGUGUUAUUACUUGUAAUUUUCAUGAUUACUGCAUUCAGGGUUUAUAAAAUUGCAUUUGGGCCGUACUGCCAACAAUUAAAAAGAGAAUGUUCAAGUCUGCGUUUGCAACUAUUGAGACAGUUUUUUUUAAAUGCUUGGUUAUAAUUGACAGUAAAAUUACAAAAUGAAGAUAAAAAUGCAUAAUCUAAGCAAAACAAUCCAUUGAUUCAAGUGAAUCCACAAGGCUGUCAACUCGGUUGUUUUUCUGCAGUUGGUAAUUUUGCCAUUUUGAGUAAAAUUUUUGAUUCAUUUCUACUACUCCUUUACCAAAAUUUCAACGGUUUUUUGCACCAAACAUUCCAGCAACAUCAGGGAUAAUCCAAUUAAUAUUAAAAUCAGGUAAUCAACAUAUGCAGAAAAGUUUUAAGCCUUUUUCCUUGUAAAAUGAAUGCUCUGCCAAGCUUUGUGUAUGGUAUGGUCAACACUUUCUUGAUGUUAAAGUCAAUGUGUAUUUUUAAAGGCAGGAAGGUGUUUUUUAUUUUUUUUUAUUAAACUCACUAUCACUACAUAUUUAUAUUUUUCAUCACUAUUGAUAUUGGAAUUUGUUAAAUCUUAGAUAUGUUAGGUAUGUUGGAGUUGUCAAUUGAUGCUUUAUUAGCAACUAGAGGAACUAAUAAGGGUGUUGAGUUUUAAGAAUCAGUGUUCAAAUUUCACCAAGUUUCUGAGAGUGCAUUGUAUAUACUGCAACCAAUCCCAACCUCUUUAUGAUCAAUAGCACAAGAAUGAGGGAUUUACGGAAUGUUGCAUCAUGCCUUAUUAGUUGUACAAUUCCAUUUUUGUCAUAGUUGAAAUUUUACAGGAACCUUAAUGUCAUCUGUCUAGUUUCUGUCUUGAAUAAAUGUGUAGAAUUAGAAAAGA